AUGCAGCGCGAAGUCGCAGUCUACCGCGAUGUCCUGCACCCCUCGCUGCUGGCUGCGGUUGUCCAGGCCGUCAACGUGUAUCUCGACAGUGAGCAGCCGCCACUGCCAGACUCAAUGCAUAGAACGCUCUGCGCCACUCACUGGGCGCCGCUCACGGACGAGGAGCCAGCGGCCCAUCCGAUCGAGCAGCUAGUCGCCGCUCUCUACCGGCUCAUUCGACGCGGGGCAUCCCCACUACAUGCGGACGAGGCCGCCGGGCUCGCCGGCGGGGAGUGGUGGGUGCAGGAGCAGGCUCUGGACGACUGUCCAAAGGAGUUCCACACCGACCAGGACCUCUGCCUUCUCCCGGGCCGAGACGGCGUCCAGAGCAGCGUAGCGCACCCGGCGCUAUCCUCCGUCUUUUACUUGGACGGUAUCGGCGGCGCGACCGCCGUCUUUGCGCAGCGGCGGUGCGUUGUUGCCCGCGGCGUCUCCACGCUAGAGCCUCCUCUCCCUCCGCACGCAGCGCUCGCCUUCCCGACGCCGAACCAGCUCCUCCUCUUCCGCGGAGAUCUCCUGCACGGCGUGCUGCAGCCGCUCGGCACUGCGCGCGGCCCGCGGCCGACAGACGAGGCCCCGAGGAGGACGGUCCUCGUCAACUUUUGGAACGACCGCCCCUCCGCGGCGCACGCGCCAGCGCCUCCGCUGCCGCCGCCCCACGCUGCCGACGAGCGGCGGCCGGCCUCGCCCUCUUGCGCCGACUUCGUGCAACUGCCCGCCUCGAGCAGCUUCGAGGCGGAGCGCUGGCGAGAGCAGAGGCUGCCGGAGACGGCGGUGGGCUCUCUGCCGAAGGGGGAGGGGCCGCCCCCCCCCGUCCUCCUCUCCUUCUCGAGCCGCCCGCCCGCCGACUGCGAACGCUGUGGGGCAGGCGUGUGCUGGUACGACCGGCACGACGAGACGCGGGGAGGUUGA